AUGGAAGAUAUUCAAGCCAAACUGGAUAAAAAACUGGGGCCUGAAUAUAUUUCGAAGAGGGUCGGCUUUGGAACGAGUCGCGUAGCUUACAUUGAAGGAUGGAAGGCUAUAAAUUUAGCAAAUCAAAUUUUUGGUUAUAAUGGCUGGAGUACAGAGGUAAAAAGUAUUACGAUCGAUUUCAUGGACGAAAAGCAAGGUAAAUUUUGCAUAGGAUGCACUGCGGUGAUAAGGGUUACUCUGACCGAUGGGACGUUCCGAGAGGACAUAGGGUAUGGGACGGUGGAGAAUGAGCGGCGAAAGUCGUCAGCGUUUGAGAGAGCGAAGAAAUCAGCGGUCACUGACGCGCUAAAACGCAGUUUGCGUGCAUUUGGGAAUGCCUUGGGUAAUUGUCUUUAUGACAAGACUUUCUUAGCCAAGAUCGACAAGGUCAAGUUUGACCCACCUGAUUUUGACGAGGGCAACUUAUAUCGCGCCACGGAGGAAGUCAGCGAACCGGUUCGCUCUCAUUCCGCGGACCGCGAUGGAACAGGACCUCCAUCAAAAAGGCGAAACACACUCAAUUCGAGACCAAGCUCCUCAAACACCGGCUCUACUGCCCACGCUAACGAGAUAAGCCAUCAGGACUUGCCUCACUCUAAUCUUCAGCAUUCAAACCAGCAUUCACGUCUUGCUAAAAACCUGCCUGCCAACCUGCACCUGCAUAACGACCAACCUUUGCGGCAAUAUCAGUCAGAUCCACAGCUAGCUGACCUACAACGUCCCCCGCAACCUGAUCUAGAUGCCGAUGAAUUGCUGGACGAUUCUUUCAUGUUUAGCGAUGAGUUGCAAGAUGACGAAGCCGCUGUUCCCAGUAACAACAAUCCUUCCGUAGCUGAGCAGGACGAAGCGGCUCCUCUCUCACAUGCCCCACACGCCCCACUUACCGGAUCAACGAUUGAUGAAAACGUACCCGUGACCUUUGUGACAGCCAAGGCUGCCCCGAACCUUCAAAAUAAAGCACCAGUCCCCGCAGGUAGUUUUUUUGACGCUAAAUUCCAAGCCCAGUCAAUUAAACAUACCGUGGAUCAAACAACGUCGUCGCAUAUCAAAACUAGUGUGCUCAAAGAAAAGGGACUGCCGAACCAUCGAAGUGAUAUCUACAAUCGUUUCGCGCCUAAAGGUAAGUUGUUGGAUGACACAAAUAACUCCUCAAACUCACUUGCAAAAAUCAGGCAGCCACAGAUUCCGCCAGUAUCUAACGCACCUCAAGCAGUUGCUUUGAAAGAGCAACGUCCUCAAGUCAAUCCACCUGUACGGCAGCUGCCUCCUAUCGCUUCAACGCCAUUACCUGCUCAAGAACUACCGCCAAGUAUAAAGCCUGUUGGAAAACCUAGAUCUGCCCUUCCUAAUGCCAGGCCUCCUGCAUCCCCGUAA